CCUACUAACUUGGAGAGCAACAAUUUUCCUGCUUUCUGUUGCAUAACAGGAUAGACUUAAUAACACAAUAACCAACUAGUUAUACACUCUGAAUUUUCUGAAGCAGUAUUAGACUAUUUGGUGGUUAUUUUUUCACAUUCAUCCCAGAAACAUGGACUUCGACUUGCCUCCUUCUCUUCCGGUGAGCGGUAUCCCAUGGGAAAGGGUUCUCCCACCGUUAUUCCCCAGGUGGAAUGGGAAAAUGGGACCUUAUUCGUUGACCCCAACCGAACUUUUAAUCCCGGUUUCUGAGCACACCGGAGCAGCACAGGUGACCUGUGAUCAUAAGGGAUUCACUGUGCAGGUUGAUGUGAAACACUUCAGUCCCGAGGAGCUGCUGGUAAAAGUGGUUGGAGAUUAUGUUGUGGUCGAGGGAAAACAUGAACAAAAAAAGGACGGUUCAGGACUGGUGACACGUCAGUUUAACCGGCGAUACCGGAUUCCGAACGGAGUGGACAUCAUGGCAAUGGAAUCAGCCAUGUCACCGGAAGGCAUGCUAGUAAUCUCAGCACCUCUGACACAAGGAGACAAUUCCAGAAUGUUAAAUCACACCGGACAAUGAUGUGCACGCACGCACACACAGUUUCCCACAUACUCAUAUUUGGAUUUUUUUUUGCUCUUCUUAACUGUUUUAGUUCUUAACGAGUUAAAGCUCCCAUCUUCUGGGUUUCUCACCUAAUGCAAUGGUAAAGACCAAAACAAGCUCACUUCCUCUCACUCCCCCUUGUGGCGGUGGACUGCUCAACUCAAAUGCCAAUUCCAAACAUACUUGAUUUCAAGCCAACAAGAAGAUUGUAUCACAUUUUUAUUUCACUCUUGCUGACGGUUUAGCACACAGCCUGUAGGAGCGACAAAUCUGUCCUCAAGUUAACAGGGACUCUCCACAUCCAAACACACAAACCCAGUCAUACUGAAUUUAGUAUGGGAAGCAUUGCUUAUUCACAAAAUUGCACCGACUGGUCAGUUAAUCUUGAUAGGCUAUGUUGAGAUUGUACAUAUUUUUAAAGAUGUAAGUGUUAAUUUAGUUCUAAUAUUUGUGUGAUGUACAGUUUGAAUAUGAAUAAAUAUAAUGUACCACCCUUG